CCUGGAUCUCAUUUAUUAAACGCCUGCUUAAAAGUAUUGUGUACUAAUAGGUCCCUGUGAUGUUAUUGGCAUUUUUAGAAUCACCCUGAAUUGGCUGUUGAAUUGCGGACAUGUCCAUUCAAUGCACGCCACUUGAUGAGAAAACAUGAGCUGCCUCAUCACAUCUCAACCUGUGUGGACCAGUGCAUUGUUAAUGAAACCUAUGUGGAGAAUGACAAGACUGAUAGCAAGUUUCAAAUCCCGGUGAGUACCUGGACUGCCCCUGUUUGUGAUGAAGACUGGGAUGAAGAAGUGGAUAAGCUUGAAACAAUGACGCCAUCUUUUGUCUGGGGUAUGUCCACAUCUCAGCUUUCUCAGGACAGGGAGAAAGCCAGCAUUACCAGCAUUGUGAUCCCUGCUCUCAGGGCACCGAGAGUUCUUCCCUGGAAACUGGGCGAGCAGCUGCAUUGAUGUUUAUUUUAAGCUUUUAAAUCCUCCUUGUUAAAAUGGCC